AUGAAAACUCGCCAUAUCAUGAAAGGGCAUGUUCACCAAGUGGUGGAGGCAUUUGAAGAUGGGCUAGCUAUUGCAAGGGAAGAGAAGGGUGUGGACAAGGGAGUGAGUGUAAGGCUGAAUGAGUACGGGUCUAAUAUGAUGGACCCUAUCAUGGAGAAUCGGAAACGAGUGCUUGAAGAGUUGGAGGGGGAUGUGGGUAACCCUCCUACUCCAAAGAAACAGUUUGUGGAAUCGACUGAUGAUCUGGAUAAGGUGGAGGAAGCCAGCCUUGAAUGGCCCCAGGAGGAUAAAUGA